CACACGUGCACACACACACACACACGCAUGCGCUUACGCACAUACACUCUACUGUGGUUUUAUAUUGGGAAACAUAGAAUAAACAGGAAAGGUAUGAGUUUCUACAGAUACAGAACCGACUACACAGAGGAGUAGGACGUGAAAAACAUUCUAUUCAACAAAUUUGCAAUGUGCUGCCUUUUUAUUUUCAUUCUUUUCAUUUCAAAUUUUGGCAGUCAGGCAUCGAGGAAAUUAAGUCUUCAAACUGGAGCAUCUGUCACCAUCCCAUGUCAUUACGCUAGGAAAUAUGUACAUCAUAAGAAAUACUGGUGCUAUAAUAAUGGUGCGUCAUUCGGAUCCUGCACAAUUCAGGCGUAUACCAGUGAGACACAGGGGAACGUGACAGUGACUGAUAACCCAGCUGAGAGUCUCUUUACUGUGAUGAUGAAAGAUCUCCAGACAGAAAACACUGGAUGGUACUGGUGUGCUGUAGAGAUACAUAGAUUGAGAGAUGUUUAUGAAAAUCUCUACAUCACAGUGAAAUCAGAUCCUGAUCUGUCUGUGAUGGAGAGCAGCGUGAGUGGUGAGGAAGGAGGCAGCGUCACAGUCCAGUGUCUCUACAGCGCUGUGUAUCAGAAUACACAGAAGCAGUGGUGCAGAUUUAUAGACAAAGUGUGCAACACAUUUAGGAGGACUGCCACAUCCCAGAAGUCAGCAGUGAACCUCAGUGAUGAUGGGAGAGGAUCCUUCAGUGUGCAGAUGAGUGGACUGAAGAAGAGUGAUGCUGGCUGGUACUGGUGCAGUGCAGGAGAUCUGGAGGUUCCUGUUCACAUUGCAGUUUAUACUUCAACAGUUCCUCCAAAUGGGACCAAAAAUACAGAUGAACAGACAGAAAAUUCAAUGCAUGAACUGAUGACUAUUUGGCUUCUGCUGGCUGUAGGACUGGGGCUGCUGCUCAUUCUGGUCAGCAUUGUAGCUUACAUGUUGAGGAAGACGUGCAAGAAGGAAAAUAAUACAAGGAUUAGAAUGGAGAGCAACGAUGCCACUGCUCACACGCCACCAUCAGCACUGGAUCAUGAAGGAGAUGUGAUCUACACCUCUGUGUUCAACGUAACCACAAAUCAAACUCAUUCUCUGAUAGUCAAAGAUGACGAGGUGACCUACAGCAAUAUGAAUUCUCAGACAUUCAAAAAUGAUGAGGUGACCUAUGGCAAUGUGCAUCCUCCCAGAAUCAGAGACGAUGAGUUGACCUACAGCACUGUGGUUCAUGAGACACUCUGUGGUUUUGGACUACACUGUAAGAUUAUCAGGAAGAGGAACUGCUUGAGCUGCUACAGACACAGCGACAACUUCUCAGAGAAGCAGGACGCAAGAAAACUCUCACAUUUUAUUCAACAUCAGAACAAAUCUAACAUGAGCUGCUUUUUCAUUUUUAUUCUCUUCACUUCCAGUGUUGCCAGUCAGGCAUGGAGGCAGUUUAGUUUUAAAACUGGAGCAUCUGUCACCAUCCCGUGUCGUUAUGGUAGGACAUAUAUACAGCAUAAGAAAUACUGGUGCUUUGACGCUUCUGCAGCAUACAAUUACUGCAAAAUUCAGGCGUAUGCCAAUGAGACACAGGGGAAAGUGACAGUGACUGAUAACCCAGCUGAGAGUCUCUUUACUGUGACUAUGAAUAAUCUCCAGACAGAAAACACUGGAACGUACUGGUGUGUUGUAGAGAUAGGUGGAAUAAUGAAGGUGGAUGAUUACGAAGCCCUUCAUAUCACAGUGAAAUCAGAUCCUGAUCUGUCUGUGAUGGAGAGCAGAGUGAGUGGUGAGGAAGGAGGCAGCGUCACAGUCCAGUGUCCCUACAGCACUAAGUAUCGGAAUAAAAUGAAGCAGUGGUGCAGAUUUAUAGACAGCCGCUGCAACAAUAUGGGGAGGACUGCCACAUCCCAGAAUUCAGCAGUGCAGGUCAGUGAUGAUGGGAGAGGAUCCCUCAGUGUGCAGAUGAGUGGACUGAAGAAGAGUGAUGCUGGCUGGUACUGGUGCAGUGCAGGAGAUCUGCAGGUUCCUGUUCACAUCAGUGUCUGUGAUCCACCUCCAGUUGUGACUACAGCACUGACUACAGCAGUGACUACAGUGACUACAACCAGUGUAGCAGUGACUACAACCACUCAACAUGUCAGUACUUACACAUCUGGCUCGAAGCACAGUUCAGCAACAUCCGUCACUAGCAUCACAUCAGUUUCUAGAGGUGGUAACACCAUUGAGCAUGAGACCCUGAUCUACUGGUACCUGGUGGCCAUUAUUUUGCUACUGGUCAUACUGGUCAUCAUCGUCUGCGUGCUAAGAAGGAAAUACACAGAGAAUCAAAUCAGGACCAGAGACAGGAGCAAUGACACCACAGUUCACACAGUUAGUACUGCAUUUGAUUUGUGGCUUAAUGCAGUCCGAAAUCAUGUUAUCUUUAUUUUAGUACCUUUAGUACCUUUUAGCACUUUUAAUGAACUGUUGUCAUCACAAUCAUCUCAUCUGUUCAGGCUGAGAGUGAGGGAUCAUACAGCUCAAUUGCUUUCAAGUCAAGAAAGAAGAAAUCAGAACAAAGGAACCUGGAGCAGCGCACUUUUACAGCUGAAGACUCUGUUAUAUACAGCUCUGUGGCUGUUUCAAAGCCAAAGGCUUCAGCGUCAACAGAUAAUGAGCAGGACAUGACCUACAGCUUUGUAAAAAUCGCUUCCAAGAAUAAAACUAAGUCUCCAAAAGAUGUUGGUGAUGAGACAAUCUACAGCAGCAUGGUUUGCUAGUAAGAGAUGUGUGAUUAAAAAA